AUGGAAGAAGAGAUUGCAAAGCUAGAAAGCAAAGGGAUCUUCGAGCUUAUCCGCAUUAGCGAUAUUUCGAAAGACAAGCGCAUAUUCCCUGGCAAAUGGGUGUAUGACAGCAAGAUUAUGAGCCCACAGAUGACCGAUCUUAUAAAGCCCGAUGAGUGA